AUGUCAUUUCGUACACUUUACAAGAACUUACAACACGAGCUUCUUUCCAUCAGUAAGAAGUCAAAUCUUCUUCACCACAGCAAAGAAGUCGAGAGGGAAAAAGCACUUUUAACAUAUAAGAAGCUUCAACUUAUUAAAGCAAGACAACCUACCAAAGAUAUUGAUGAAAAAUUAAAGCAAUUAGAAACUCAAGAGCCCCCUGCACCAACAGUUGAUAAUGAGCUUUUACGUCUGUUGAUUAGCGAAUCUGAAGAUGGUGGUAGUCACAUGGAAAAGUAUCACUUGGAGAAUCUUGAUAACAUAGCGACAUUCUUGAGGUCACAAUGGAAAUACUCUGAGUUGCUUGAGAGAUACAAUCCAGGGCUUUCAAUGGAUCAAGAAGAAAAUGUACGCAAGACAGCAAAUAUGGUUGGAAGAGUAUCAACAUCGUCUAUAUCGUCGUCUGUAUCGUUUUAUCCUCGUUUGAUACUUGCAUCGUCUAUUGCGUUUGUCUCGUAUUCAUCUUUGGCCAGUGGUGGUGGAUAUUUGAGAAAUGAUUCUGUUAUGCCUAUGGAGAUUAACCUUGACAAAAGCAGAAAGUCAAUCCAAUACCAAGAAGAAAGAUUACAACAGACCAAGUCUAGACUCCGGUCUUAUUUAAACUAUAGAGAAUUGUGUAUUGGAUCUGUGACAGGUCUUAUUUUAGGAGUUGUGAUUGGUAAGUUUAGUUCUGCGUUGGUGUUCCUUUCGCUUGCUUCUUAUUUCUUAGUACAGUUUCUUGAAGCAAACAAUAUAGUGGUGAUCCCCUGGAAAAAGUUUAUCCGGGUUGGAACGGAGAACAUUGAAUUAAAAGAUUUGGUUUUAUCCAAUCCAAGUUUUAAAUUAUCGUUUGUUUCCAGUUUCUUAAUUGCUGCCUUCAAUGUUUGA